AUGACCGACACUAUCUCCGUCGACUACCUUGUCAUCGGCGCGGGUGCUAUGGGCAUGGCCUUCGUCGAUACCCUGAUUUCCGAUAAGAAGGAGGCUACGGUAGCCAUUGUCGAUCGCUAUUCCCGUCCGGGAGGUCACUGGACAGUUGCUUACCCCUUUGUCACCCUUCACCAACCGUCCCACAUCUACGGUGUCAACUCUCGAAAGCUCGGAGAUGAGCAAAUCGAUCAAGUUGGAUUCAACAAGGGCCUUGCCGCGGUGGCAACAGGCGACGAGAUUGUCGCCUACUACACCAAGGUCCUGAACAGUAAUUUCCUUCCGUCCGGUCGCGUCACCUAUUACCCACUGCACAACUACACUGGCGAUGGAGAGUUUCAAUCGCUUGUCACAGGGAAAGCCAUCCGGGUUGGACCGAACGCUCGCAUUGUAGACUCCACAUACGUGAAGGUCACGGUUCCCUCUAUGGGCCCACCUUCGUAUGAGGUUUCAGACAAAGCCAACCUUGUCACACCCAACGCUUUAGCAACAACACUGAAGCGACCCUACGGCGGGUAUACAAUCAUCGGAGCCGGAAAGACCGCAGUCGACGCAUGCUCGUGGCUCUUAGCUCAAGGCAUUGACCCGAAGAAGAUUUCUUGGAUUAUGCCGCGCGACUCCUGGUUUCUGGACCGCGCCACCCUUCAACCUCCAGAAACGACGUCAAACCUGGAACAACUGCAGGAAGAAAAAUCCGCUGCCAUCAUGGAGUCCAAAACAUCUCAAGAGAUGUUCCAUCGCAUGGAGGAGCUCGGGCAUGCGCACCGUCUAGACAAGAGCAUCGAGCCCACCAUGUUCAGACACGCGAUUGUGACAAAGGCGGAGUUUGACGAGGUCAAGAAAGUCAAUAACAUCAUACGCCAGGGACGAGUCAAGCGCAUUGACCCAGACAAGGUCACUUUAGAGAAGGGCACAUACACUCCUGUGCCUGACACCCUCUUCAUCGACUGUACUGCGCCUGGUCUAGGAAACGUGCCACCUAUUCCCGUCUUCAAUGGCAGAAACAUAACGAUUCAAAAUGUAAAGUUCUUCCAGCCCACGUUCAGCGCCGCUCUCAUUGGACACGUCGAAAGUAGCUACGACAACGAAGACUUCAAGAACUAUCUUUGCGACCCUUUUCCGUACACUCGCAUACCGGCGGAAUAUCCUACGACCCUUCUGGCUUCUAUGAAGAACAGACUCAAGUGGAUGGCGGAGCCUAAGGUGAGUGAAUGGUGUGCAAAGUCUCGUCUUGACUUUCCCGUCAUGGGUUCGCCGCCUAGGGAUCCUGAGAAGGCCACAGCUUUCAAUGCCAGUAUUGAGCAACGGGUGAGGGGGCUUUGUGAUCACUUGGAGCAGAUGGGAAAGAAUGAUGCUGCAAGUGUAGUCUAG